AUGCAGCGCAGCACGAUAGUUUACGACGGCCUCUGGCGCUGUCUCUGCCCUGCCUUUGACAGGACGCUCGUGCGGCACGCCGCGCGACUCCCAGCGUUUGCUCGAGCAGCCUCGACCUCGACGGCGUCGCGGCGCCAUGUAAACACGACAGAAGCGCCGACAUCCAUCGAUUCAUUUAUCCAAGACAUGCUCAGGGCGGGCCCGGCAUCGGGACCGACGCCGACGCCGCGGCCGACCAUCGUGCUGACGAGCGAGACGCCGCCCAACGAGGCGAUGCUGUUCGCCAUGUCCAUCGACGAGCUGAUUGACCACCUGCACACGCUGCGCGGCCGCGAGAAGCCGUGGAUCGCCACGGCGUCGCAUGUGAACCGGCACAACCGUAUUGUGCACAUUGUCCGGCACCUGGUCGUGCGACGCCAGCAGCGCCUGACGGCAUUUCUGUACGAGUGCAUCGUGGACACGCUAAGCGACCCCGAAUGCAGCGGCGUCGCGCUCGUCGCGCUCAUGCGGGAUAUGGCGCAGCAGAACAUUGAGCCGACGCGGGAGUUUUACAGCGGAGCGCUCGAGUCCCUUGCAGUACAUCCCAGCUACGUCGCCAUGCUGGAAAUUCUUGAGCAGACGCGCGCGCGCGACUGGCCGGAAGACAGGCAGACAGUGGCGCUGGCGCUGCUCCGUGACGAGCAGUACGAGCUGGCCUACGACACGCUCAUGGAGCUGCAUGCGGGCAACACACGCGUCGCGCCGUGGGUCUACGACAUUUUCGUGUUUGUGUUUGGCAAGAUGGGCUUUGUGGAUGAGAUGAUGGAGGUGCUGACGGCGCGGCUGUCGCUCGCGUCGACGGACGGGCUGGAUGCGCUGCAGUGCUACGCCCUGGAUAUCUGCAGCGCCGCGUUUCACUACCCCGGGACCCUCGCCGGAUGGAACACGCUGGUGCGCAGCGGCAAGGUGCACCUCGCCGACGGCAUCGUGGAAAACGUGCUCAACACGGCGGCGCGGCAAGCCGAUACGACGCUCGCCAGCGAAGCCCUGGACAUGCUUGCGCAGCGCACCCGCGUGCAAGACUACCACUACGACAGCCUCAUCGACGCCUUCAUCCUCGACAACGACCUCGCUUCGGCGACGCGCCUGCACUGCAUCAUGCACACCAGCAGCAUCCCCGUCAGUGAAGCUGCGGUGCAGCGUCUAAUUACCGCCGCCGCCGCCGCCGGCCAGCGCGGGCGCGAGCUCAACGAGUGGCUGCUUGCGGCCUCGGCACAGAAGCUACUCGCGCCGCCGCGGCUCGUCCACGCCGCCAUCACCCGCCACGUGCUCGAGGAUGACGCGGAGCUCGCGCUGGAGCUAUAUUCCCGCUACGAGCAGCUCUGUGACGAGACGUGGCCGCCGGUCGAGGUGAUGCUGCUGCUGCUCCCGCACUGCCGCGCCGGGAAACCGGCGACGGCGGCGCUGCGGGAUCGGCUACUGGAGGAGCUGCGCGCACAGGAAGCCGGGGAGGCGCGGGACGCGAUGGCGGCACGAUUGGCGGCGGUGGUGGAGAAGAUGCUGGCGGACGGGAAGACGGCGGCGGAGGGUAUGCUGCUCAAGGAGAAGCUCGACGAGACGAUGCAGCGACCCCAAAUCGAACAAUCCUAG